ACACCAACGUGGGUUGUGCCACUAGGUAUGUGUGCCGUUCUUCAAUAAACCUCUUUGAUUCCAACUUGUGUAACUGGGAAUGUGCCAGUGCGUGUGAGCUGCUCUUCAAAGCACAAAAUCCUUUAAAGUUUCUUUGGUGCUCGGCGGAAUCGACCCCGCGCCUUGCGCGGACUUCGUGGCGGCGGCGCCAGAUGGCGCAGCGCUUGCAAUGGGAAGCCUGAGAGAGGAGCCUUGCUGCACACACGUUGCGGCAAUGGCGAAACGGUGCGUUGCUACAUUGCUCCUAGCUAAUCGCAUUAACGUCGACAUUCAUCAUGAGAUGGGGGUUGAUCAUGAUGACGAUGUCCCUAAAAUAUGGCUCGUAUCCACCUUGGGGGCGUGGCCGAGAUCUGGGCACCUGAACUUUUGCAUAAUAUUUCAAGAAACUACAAUCAAUGUGCAAUUUAGUAAUCGAAACAGACAGAUUAAUAAUUUUUUGCCGGGAGUUUCUUCUUUUUCUGCUGCCUUCACUCUUCUGUUCCUUCUACAUUUUUUUUUAUCUUACUCUGCACAGAUAAGUACCGGCAGAACUCGCAGCUUAUACAUUUUAGUGUGAUUGACAUUCUUAGGAUACUUCGGGUAUUUUCCAGUGUCUUAUCUUUCUGAUUGUUCGACUGUGUCUGUAAUCGUUUUCCCGCCAAUUUGCGUCACGAAUCAGUUGGUUUAAUGGGUAGAGAACUGGGCUGCCGUUUCUGAGCUAACCCGGAUCAAAGCUAACCGUCGGACCAACUUGGGUUACGGUAUAUGCGGCGCUGGCUCUUCAAUUAACAUCAUUGACACCAACUAAGGUCUCAGCAUAUGUGCCGCUCUUCAGUCACAAAAAAAUAUAUAUAUAUUUCUGUAGUUCUGGGCACACUUGAACUCGCAUCAUACAUUUUCCGACAACGUUGUCUGAAUACACACUCGGAUAUUCGUACGCGCCACGCAAAGCAACUAGCCUAAUAAUUCGUUAUGAACGUUUUUCUUCUUCUUUUCUUCGAGGACAUUAGGCUGUCGCUGAUAACUCCGGGCUUCCUGCCAAAUGCGGUCCAACCAAUUUUCGUUGAGGCUUCAGACUUCGUUCCCAAGGUCCGGGUGUCCCUUUGCGAUGGGAUGUAGCCGUCAGAGUACACCGGCAGAAGAAGAGGAAGAAGACGCGGUGUCUGAGGCCAGCUGCUGCCGACGUUUCAACAUCACCGUCGCGCAGUGUCCAGCACACGUCGCCCAGCAUGACAGAAUCGACGGAACAAAGCGCCGUUAGCGGUGAAGUAUCCGUGAGCCGUGAAACAAAAUCCACCUUCGAGAGCGGCAGCUCGAAGGAAGCAUUCGUCGAAAGCCGAGUUGGAAGCGCGGGACUCAGCGCCGACGGGAUCGGUCGGCGCCAGCGGCUCCUGUACGCUGGCCUGCUGGCCGCCGCCACGUUGGCCCUCACUGCGAUGGUCAUCGCCAGCUCCGCCUCGUCGAGCAACGCUGAAGCGCAGGGCGCCGCCAGAGACGCCACGGAAUCCGAUGAAACGGAGAACCCGUGGCCAGCGUUCGAAGAACGCCGCGUGACCGCCGAAGAAGAAGGCUACUAUUACUACAAUCGUCGCACCGCGAGCCGGGAGGCUGCGACCCGGAAGUUCAAGUCGAAGCGCAGGAGGCGUCGUGGAGAGGCCACCAAAGACCAGACCACCACCACCACCGUCACCACCCCCACCACCACCCCUGCCGCCGCUACCGUCCCGUAUGUGUCCACCGUUUCGGUCGGUGGACGCUCGGAGGAACCGGAACAUUCGCGGCGCGGCCGUCUCGGUGACGUUCGAGACACAGACCUAGCUGGCAGAGGACCCGACUCUCGCGGCAAUGCUAGCAGCACCGACCCGCAAACCGAGGUCACCUCCUCUCCUAGCACCCAGAAGCCUGUGCGACCGCGGUCCCAGGGAACUGAAUCCACGCACAAAAAGAGGCGGGCGACGUCUAGUGGAGAGAAAAGCCAGCCAGAGUAGACCAGGCUACUCCUAGAGUACCUACGGCUCGGCGCGCUGUGAUGACGUCACGGCCUCCCCGCUGCUGGAACGAACGCUCCAACCAUUCUGUCAUGUACACCCUCGACGACUCACGUCCCAUCUCGACUGAAUUUUCACUCGGCGAAACUGUCAUGGCGUUAGGCUUAGUGCAACAACAGCUUGGCGACGUCUUGAAGCUGUCUUUCUUUA